AUGGACGAAAACGGCUGGGAAGACGUCAAUCCAAACUUUGAUAGUGAAAUUGACGAUUUAGCUCAGAAAAGAGCGGCAGAUGUCGAAGAUGAUGAUAUACCUCCUGCUAAGAAACAACGUAUAGCCUCGCCAUCGAGCAGAAACAGCACUCCUGCUGCCAACAACAAUGAAGAACAGCUCGACAUCAACAAUACCACUACCAAUAAUAUCAUAGACACCUCCUCCUUUGAGCAGACCAUUUUAGGAAUGAAUGUAGACGACGACUCAGGUCUAGAUGAUGAUUCCUAUAGUUCUGAUGUUGCAUCAGAAUACCUAGGCUCACGACCUCUUGGCGACCCUCACCCUCUACACCCAGAGCACGGCAAAUACCAUCUGUUCGAGACUGACGACCUAGAUCCAAUCCCAAAUGAUGAAACGAAACUCGCCGCCAAACGUCCAACCGCAAUAUUCUAUGAUCAACGCAUGCUCGACCAUUAUAUUAUGGCCAGUGAAGACAAGAAUGGGCAUCCUGAAAGACCAGAGAGGUUGAGCUAUACCCUCAAAUUAUUAGAAAAGAGAGCCAUCAUUGAACAUGAAGAAGAUACUGAUUAUCUGGCUUUGAUGGACCAGGAUUCGUCGAAUGAAGAUGCGGAACGUAGAAUGAAGGCUGGAUGGUGUAAACGUAUCUUUCUAGAUGAAGAUAGGCGAGCUGGAUUACUGCAGAAUGAAAUAUUGAGCUCGGGAGUGCAUGAUCCGGAAUGGAUUAAUUGGGUAGAAGGGUUGCAUGAAUUAGAGAUGCCUGAAGCACAUGCGAAAGCUAGAAAAUACAGAGACGUAUAUUUAAGUCCGAAUAGUGAUUUAGCUGCUACUGUGAGUUGUGCGGGAGUCAUUGCCGUGUGCGAAGCUGUAUGGAAGGGAGAGUGUCAAAACGGAUUUGCUAUAGUCAGGCCGCCGGGCCACCACGCUGAGCAUGACGAACCAAUGGGUUUUUGUCUCUUCAACAAUGUCGCAGUUGCUGCUAGACACAUGCAGAGAACUCACGGAGUCAAAAAGAUUCUGAUUCUUGAUUGGGAUGUUCAUCACGGAAAUGGUACCCAACACGAAUUUUAUAAUGAUCCAAAUAUUAUGUACGUUUCUCUUCAUCGAUAUGGCAGGAAGGGAGAGGCUAGCAAUGACUACUUUUUCCCUCGUGUUCUUGCUGAUGAUGACGGAUUUGCCAAUUAUGUGGGCGGACCUCGGGCCGAAGGAUUCAACAUCAACAUUCCAUGGCCUGGUGGAGAUAUGGGAGAUAGAGAGUAUAUGCAUGCUUUCCACCGUGUAAUCAUGCCCAUCGCUCGUGAAUUCGAUCCAGACUUUGUCAUCAUCAGUGCUGGAUUUGAUUGUGCAGAGGGUGAUCCAUUAGGUGGAUGUUGCGUUACUCCCGGAGGAUUUGCAAAUAUGGCAUACCAGUUGUGCAGUCUUGCUAGAGGCAAGCUUGUACUAGCUCUGGAGGGAGGCUACAAUAUUCGAUCUAUAGCGAAAUCUGUGUCGGCAAUAUGCGAGGUGUUACUGGGCCAUCCACCAACACCAACACAAUCUGAAGCAGAAAUCCGUGGACUUGACAGACAAUAUAUCGCUGAACGAAAUUCUGCAUGGGAAGGUUGUGUAGAAGUGGUUGACGAAGUAGUCAGGAUACAAAGUAGAUAUUGGAAAUCGUUAGCUACCCCGAAAUACGUCGCCAGAAGACAGGACACCAACACCAACCUAGAUCUCGUGAAGAUAUCUGAUAUCUUGAAGGUAUACUUUGCCAACAAGUUGCGAGUUGAUUACAAGAUGGAGUUACUUGACGAUGAAGAGCCACGACCGAAGCUUGAAUCUUGGAAGGACAGAGAUAAAAUUCAAGUGUAUACAACUCCCAACUUUGAAAAUCAUGAUGAUAUUCUUGUCGUGAUGAUACGAAUAUUUAGUUGGGAUUUGGUUCGAAGUGUUCUCAAGAGCAGCAGCAAUGCUGUUGACAUGAACGAAACAUAUGUUGGAGAUGCCAUAUGCCGAUUGUUAGAUUUAUUCAAUCAAUCUCAAAAUGCUAUUGUUGAUGUAAAUAUUGCAAAGGAGGAUUUCUAUAAUGAUGACUAUGACAGGCCUGAUGCUGAAGCUCGAGAUGCUGUGGGAAGGGUGUUAAGGGAUCUUUGGGAUCUUUAUAUCAGGAAUGGACAAUGUAAAAAGAUGUAUUUGAUUGGUGCUGGUAUUGGUGCUUGGGCAGUAGCAAAUUUAGUUCGACAUCGAAAUAUUUCAAGUAAAGCUGUAGGAAUGUCUCUGUUGAUGACUGAACCCGUCGCGCCAGCAGUAACUUCAUACUUUGGGACUUGGUACAAAGAUCGCUCGCAUGUACUGGUGCCAAGUAUGAAGAAACGAAUCAAUUCUGUAAUUCAAAGGGAUGAUCGAUAUGGGAGGUGUAAAUCUGGAGGUCCAAUUGCUGAUAGUCUAGCAGAGUACAUGGGCCGUCACGAAGAAUCAGUCUGGAUCCACUACUCGACAAUGUCAGAAAAGGAACCCCAACCAGUUGGUGUAGAUCUCGAUGAUCGCCCAUUUGUAGGGCAAUAUCUAUUGUCGGAUUCUGAAGCCUAUGAUAGUCAAGAUUAUCAUAUUUGGACGUCACGGCGUCACUUUGACAGUGACGGCGAAGAGUCGUCAGACGACUCUACACCAUCUGAUGAAGGCGAAGAUGAUAUCAAAGAAGUAGAUGACGAAGUAAAAGCAGAAGAUGGUGAAGGAGCCAUCCAACAGGAAGAACAUCAACAGAAUGGAGAGGUGGAAGACCAGAAUGGUGUUGACGAUAAUAUGCAAAUCGAUGAAACCACAGACGGUGAUAAUAUUUAUCAACAAGAAGCUGCUGUUGUUGAAGAAGAUGGAGAGGACAAUGUCGACGAUGUUAAAAGAAAUGGGGAUGAUGCUGUUAAAACUAGUAGGAGAGCCAGGCCGAAGUAUGAUUUGAGUGCGGCCGAGACGGGUGUGAUAUCAGACGAUGAUGUCAGUUCGUUCCGUCUUGUUGCUCAGAAGCAGCAGCCUACAGUUACUAUCGCUUCAUCGGCAGCUGCCAGUGAAAAUAAUGGUAGUAUUCCUACUAAUGGUGGUGGAGACGCUGCAGUAGGGAAGGCUGCUGGCAAAUCGACAGGAGCUGAUGUAAUAGUCAUAGAUUGA